UACAGACUCAAGACCAGGGGGAGGAACUAACCAUCAGACACACACACACUUACAUCCAUCCGCCGUAGUAGGUCGUAGCUAGCUUAGCUGGUUAUCACCGGGGCGUAAUAUCUGUCAUUUUCAUACAUUCACUGUCACUAUAAUGAGCGACAACGACAAAGGCCGGGAGUCUCGCUCCGCAUCCAGGAGCGUGAGUCCACGGGGCUCUGGGAAGUCGGCGAGCCGCUCCCCGGCUCAUUCACCCGCCCACUCCAAAGAUGACUCCCACCGCUCCCGUUCCCAUUCCCGCUCCAAAUCUCGGUCCCGGUCCAGGUCCAAAUCUGGGUCCCAUUCCCACCGGGGCUCACGCAGGCACUACAGUCGAUCUCGCUCCCGCUCAAGGUCCUAUCGUCGCCGAUCUCACAGUAGGUCCUAUAGUGGGGAGCGCCGGCGCAGAAGCCAUAGUCGCUCCCCCAUGUCUGAUCGCCGCAGGCACAUCGGCAACCGAGCUAAUCCCGAUCCCAACGCCUGCCUGGGAGUGUUUGGCCUGAGUUUGUACACCACAGAGAGGGAUCUGAGGGAUGUCUUCUCCAAAUACGGCCCCCUGGCGGAUGUCAGUAUCGUGUAUGACCAGCAGUCGAGGCGCUCCAGGGGCUUCGCAUUUGUUUACUUCGAGAACACAAAUGAUGCUAAAGAGGCAAAGGAACGGGCCAACGGCAUGGAGUUGGAUGGUCGUAGAAUCAGGGUGGACUUCUCCAUCACAAAACGACCUCACACCCCCACCCCUGGGAUCUACAUGGGACGACCCACAUAUGGUGGAGGUGGUCCCAGUGGUGGUCCUCGCCGUUACUCCCGUGAAUACGACCGCGGGUACGAUCGGGGCUACGACAGAGGAGGCUACGAUCGCUAUGACGACCGGGAGUACUACAGGUCAUACAGAAGGCGAUCUCCAUCACCAUACUACAGAGGAGCUUACAGAUCUCGAUCCAGAUCACGGUCUUAUUCUCCCCGUCGAUAUUGAGCGUUCCCGACGAGCAUAAACCUCUUCUUCUCCCAGUCACAGGCAGGAAGUCUUUCUAAGAGAUGUGACUGACUUCAGAGUAGAUCUUAUUUUGUAAAGGUAUACCGACAUCAGUUGUGAAGCAGUCGCCUCAUGUUUUUAUUUUUAAGUGUAUAGCAGCGUCUGUUGUAAGUGUUAUAUUGAUGUAGGGUUUUUGUUGUAUACGAACCGGGUGAAAACUCAUAUUUGAACCGAUUAAAAAGGAGAUGCUUUUUUUUUUUCCACCUCGA